AUAUCUAUAUACCAUGAACAUUAAAGCAUUCUUAUUAUAAUAUUAUGUUCAUGCAUUAGAGUACUCUAAUGUUCAUUCUUUAAUGUUUCAUAUACCUAUUUAUAAGUUCUAUAUUGAAAUCUAGUGUGGUUCGUGUUGACAAGUAUAUAACCUUAUCUGUGCGGACGACUGAUUGAGUGAUAAUAAAAAUAAUUAAAUUCUUUCUAAGAAUUACAGUUUUUUAAAUGAGCGCAACGAAGAAUACAUUUUAAACAAAUAGUUCCAUAACGACUUAACAACGAUGGGAAUAUACGGCGUGUACAUUGUGUCAAAAUCAGGGGGACUAAUAUUCAAUUAUGAUUACACUGUACCAAAAAUUGAAACCGAACAAACAUUUGGCUAUCCGUUAGAUCUCAAAUUAUCUUGUGAAAAUAAUAGAUUAUUGGUAUCAUUUGGUCAACGAGACAAUAUCAAAGUUGGUCAUGUAUUAUUAGCAAUCAAUGGAGUUCCUGUUUCUGGUAGAAAACUAGAAGAUGGUAAAGAUGCAAUAGAUAUGUUGAAUGAUGCCACCAAUUAUCCACUUAAUUUGAAAUUUGGCCGGCCAAAAAUGACUAUCAAUGAAAAGAUAUUCUUAGCCAGUAUGUUUUAUCCAUUAUUUGCCAUUGCAUCACAAUUAAGUCCAGAACCUAGGAGUUCUGGAAUCGAAACUUUAGAAGCUGACACAUUUAAACUUCAAUGUUUUCAAACUCUGACUGGAGUGAAAUUUAUGGUUAUUGCUGAUCCAACGCAUGUAGGUCUUGAACAACUUUUAAAGAAAAUUUAUGAGAUUUAUGCAGACUUUGCUUUAAAGAAUCCAUUUUAUUCCUUAGAAAUGCCUAUUAGAUGUGAAUUGUUCGAUACUAAUUUACAAGCACUAUUGGAACAAGCCGAUAAAAAUGGUAUUAAUAGUAUUUAAUUUAAUAAGUACUUUAUUUAAAUUUAUAUUUUACCAAAAUGUUCUGUAUUUAGUGUCAGAUCUUAAAAAAUCCUAUUGUAUUUGAAACUUAAAACCAUAGGAAAAUAUCAUAUUUAUAAUAGCAGUAUUUUACUGUUUCAAAUUUUUAAAACACAGUAGUUUAAUACUAUGAUUCAAUUAUCCUCAUUCUAAACCUUUUAAAUUAUAAUUUAAACAUUAUAUUAUAAUUAUAAGCCUAAGCUUAAUAUUCAACAUUGUUAAAUAGUUAUGAUUUACAACAUAAAUUAUAAUAUUCAAUAUUGUAAUUUAUGAAUAAUCUGUAUGUAAUUUAUUAUAUUAUUGUAUAUAUUGUAAAUAAAAUGUAAUUUACCAUA